AUGCGUACUCGAAAGAAAUUGACUGCAGAUGAAGAGAGUUGUUUCAAGAAAGCAGUUGCCGAUUUGCCACGAGAUGAGAACUUGUCCGUUACAUCAAUCAUGGCAGCUCUAAAUAAUGGAAGUUUUUACAUGUCAUGCCAGUCUGCAACAGAAUUUACAAAGCAACAGAUUAGAGACAAGUAUAAGUCAUUAGUAAGAAAAGAAAAUCGCAUUGGGAAAUAGAAAAAGCAACUUCUUUUUAAGUAUAUAUUACUGUAAUUAUAAAUCAGUGUUUAACCCAAAUAAACAGUGUCAAACAAGGGCAAAAAAUGUUAACCAAUCAGCAUGUUUGUUUACAUUUUGUAAGAUUGACCAAUCAGAAUGCCUGAAAUUCACAACAUGUAAACAAAAGGAGUGAGAAAAUAACACCUUGUUCUAAGUCUCCUGUGACAUUUGUUUCCAAAUUUUCACUCUAAAGACAAACCGGACUAUUUUCCCCAUUUUCCUCGGGGGGAUUUUUUAGUUUCGAUCUAAAACGCAAAAUAUCAAUGUUUAUAAAACCCUGUUUUUACGCACUUAAACUAGCUUGGCCGAAGCAUGAAAUAUACCGAAUAUAUCUAUUAUUAUUCUACUACCUAUAUAUUAUCUUACUAAUUUUUUAGUUUUGAGCUAUUUCAAUAUUAUAUAGGCUUGUAUUUUAUCUCACUUCCUUUUCUCCGGAAAUAUGUCAGAGAGACAGAGACUCAAUCAUUUCCGGUUACUGUUAUUCUGUUGUCGGCUCUGCCCACUCUGGCGUUUGCCAAUGGAGAAUUCUUUCAAUUAACAUGUCAAUGUUGACAGCUUCAUUUUGGUGGUCGCCCUGUUGAUCGUCGUCAUUGUCGUCGGAUAAAUCAUCCUCCUCAUCACUUUCUUCACCACCAGCAGAGGGCACAGACACAUGCACAUUUGACAUGGAAUUGUUUGACCGAGGUCUUCAACUGUUUUUGAUAAUACUGUUUGACAAAUCGGGCAAUCGCUGAUGUCUGGGAGGAUGCAGACAAUGUGGAAUGAAUGUCCACAUCCACGAAAAACAUUCCACAUGGAGCUUUCUUUUUGGCAGUCGAUCAAAUUUUCUAUAAUUAUAGAAAUUUUAAAGUAAGAUUUACAUUUUAUUUUGUGUUGCUAUUUAUCAGUUUAAUACUAUUUAUAUAUUUACAUGACCUAACGACCAAGUGCACUCCAGUGAAAACUUUUCUGCCCUUGAAAAUUCUCCGUUUCGGUAACCCUGCAUCAGGGGUGGAUCCAGACCGAUGCAAAUGCAUCAGGCAGAUUACAAAAUCAGAUUACAGUAUUGUAGAUAUGUAGAUAAAAAUCAGAAAGAAAACUAUAAAAUUAUUAAAAUAUAUUAUAUAUAUAUUCAACCCCCAAAUCAUCAUAAUCAUCCUUUACAAUUUUCUCCAGCUAAUGAAUACCAAAAUCAGAUGUAAAUCAAUGUUAAAUAUCACAGCAAACAACAAAAUAUUUGUAGUGUGAUCGCGAAUUUGUAGUUUGUGUUAUUUUACGCCAAUUAACCGUAAAAUAAUUCACAACAAAUUUUUCGUGUUUCGCCUGCAUCACUGUAGAAGGCUAGAAAGUGAAUGCAUCACCUACGUCACGGUAGAUUUGAUUUGCAGCCAUUUUGCAUCACUGAAUGCAUUGGUUCCAAGACUUUUUCCGCGCAAAAUCUACUGUGACAUCAUCAAAACCAUUGUUCUAGAAGCCCCUACGUCACGGUAGACUUGUCCGCUGAGUGAUGCAUUGCAUGCAUAUUGCAGGCUCUUGCAUUGGUGGACUGAUGCAUAAUGCAUUUUCCAUUUGAUGAGCUAAAAGCUCUUGGGCAAUUGUUAUAUCUUUGAUAUUAAAAUUAUUUAAAAUGUUCCAUCUACUGUGAUGUAGCAAGACAGCCCACGCUUUCUCUAAGUCAUUGCGGCAAACAAAGGUAUGCAAAUGAAGUACGAUCUAUUGUGUUUGCUUCAAUCAAAGGGGUAAGAAGACACUGUGAAAUGAGAGUUGCUGAUUUCAUCUAGAAAACUAAACCUUGGAAUCUGUUCUCUAAAGGCAAGAAUGGAAGAGAUAUGUCGACGGAAUUGUUGAUUCCCAAACAUAUCACUGAAAAGUGGCAGUCUGGAGAACUGAGAGCUCUAAAGUAAGCAAAAUUCAUCUAUAUUUUAUCACAAUUUAACCAUUUAAUGAGUAUUUCACAAUAUAAACUGUACAAUCUUCUGCACAACAUAGUUAAAUGUGUAUACAUACUUAAUUUUGGUAUAGCUCAUUUUUCACUGCUCUGUGAGUCUGUGUUUGGGGGGCAGGGGAAGGGACUCCUGAGUCCUCUUAGUACUACGGACUACUACUGUAGGAAGCAAUUUUGUAUUGGGGGGCUGAUUAGUCAGUGGCGAUUAUUAGGUCAUUAUUUCCAUCUCAAAAUUUACAGGUCAUCGCUAGUUUACAAAUUAUUGGGGGGGGGGGGGGCUGAAGCCCCCCAGCCCAGGGCUUGAAAUAACAGCCGAUUACCGGCAACAAAUACCUUAUGAUUAUUUCAAGCACUGCCAGCCCCCCCUGUUGGUAGUGCCCUGUCUUAGGGAACUUGAGGCAGCAAUAGAUGAUACACUAGCUGGACAAAUUUCAUCUGUGUUUACAUAGCAGUAACAGGACAAUGUUCUGUUUAAUCCCUAAGGGCUAUUGCCUAUUUAGCUAUUGUAAAUAUUGUGAGCUAUAUUGUCUUGCAAGUUGCGAAUAUCAAUAAUGUACCCAGGUUUGAGGAAUUGCCUACAAUUAUUCCUCAAUAAUCGAUUUUGUGUAAAUUCCAUCUCGCGUGUCAGUCAUUUCCUUGAUAAAUAUAUUGGAACAAAUAUUGUAUAAAUGAUAUUGUUCACCCUAACAAAAAAAGUCUAUAGGCCUGGCCUAUAGGCCAACCUAUAGGUUUCUAUAGGAAACCUAUAGGUUUUUAUAGGCAAUUGGAACAUUUUCUAUAGGUGACAUAUAGGGAUGCCUAUAAGUCUAUAGAGCUCUAUAGGUGCCUAAAGGCUUCUAUAGGGAAUUGGAACAAUUCCUAUAGGAACCUAUAGGCCACCUAUAGACUUUUUUCGUAAGGGCAAACUAUUACAGUUAAUAAUUAAUUAUCAGGAAUAAUAUAUACAAAUAUGCAAUUUUUUUAUAUUAUGAAUUAUAUUAUAUAGAACUAGAGGUGAUGGAAAUCGCCUCUACAGAACCUGUUCAAAAUUACUUUGUGGCAUUGAAGAUCUCUGUGGUUUGCUGAGAGACUUGACAAGCAUUGAGCUCUUUAAUAACCAAGAGUUUUAUGCUUUCCAUCCAUACGUCAAAGAGAAAUCACAUGUAUUCCAGGCAGACAAUACUGCGUUUUCUGCCACAGCAUCUGAUUCUGCAUUGGGUGAUGGGUACAACAGGAAAGAUCCCAGCAGCAGGGUGACGGUUGUAAAAAGAGAAGCUAUCAGAAAUACUACUGGUGGAACCUAUGCCUCUCUUAUGUGUGUAUUUGACUUGUCUACUGGAAUGGGUGUUAUUUCAUUUCAAAAUGGAACUAUAUGGCCACGACUAUUCCAUAACAACAUUAAAACUAAACUUGUCCAGGAAGCUAAGCUAAUUCUUAUGUGGAUAACUCAUGGUAUCCAUAUUCUUCCUGGGAUGAGUAAGGAUUUUCAGCCAAAUCAUUUUGUACCACUUGUGGAAUUUAUUACAAAGUCUGCAGAGAAGAAGAAAUUACCUCAACAAUUACCUAUUUAG